AAAACGAAACCCCCCACCUCCCACCACUAUUAAAAACAAAGCAAUUCUCUUGGUCGACCAGAAUUUCGCUGGCAAAAGUCGCGCCUUAAUUGCCCAAAUAACUACAUAUUUACCUCCCCUCCCGAUAAUUGUUAUUAGGACCUAGGAUAGGAAUUACUGGUUGCCCACUCACCGCCACUGCUCCACCGACCACCGCCCCUUGCAAGGACCCACCAUGAGCUCCAAGGACAAGUCCAAGUUCAAGCUGUUCCUCAAAUCGCUGCCGGCAGGUUAUGUGGGCGAGCGGACUCUGCGGCCGGAGUUCGAGAGGGAAUUGCGGCCGGAGCAGCCGGUGGCCCAGCGAUGCAGGAUGCUGAAGGAGCUGGGCGACAUGCAGCUGCACAACUUCAACCUGGACGAGACCGCCAUCACCAUUCUGUUCAAUCUCACCAACGAUCUCAUCGUGCCCAACAAGCCGGCCGAAACGCGCCAGAUUGCCUUGAGCUUCUACAAGCGGCUCAUUCACACACAGUACAAGAACCUGACCAUCAUGCGGGAGAAGUUCUUCCUGGUCAUCCAGAACCACGAGGCGCGCGAGGAUCUGCGCCACCUGCUCGAGCUGCUCGACACACUCACCGACAAUGGGAAGGACAUCACCAACUUCGAGGAGAAGAUUGGUAAGUUCAUGCUGCUCUGGAUCCCAGCAAUCACGGAGGCCAAUCUGCUCAGCCCCUAUCUUGACAUCCUGGUCAACCUGAUCAAGUUCAAUGCGGCACACCUGGACAAGGACAUCCUCGUGGGCAUCGUGCAGAACGCUUGUGAUCUGAGCUGCAGCGUCACCGUCAACGAGAUCGGACUGCAGUGCCUCACAAUUCUCGAGAUGGUCAUCGGGUACACCAUCUUUCCCAGCGAACCGCUGCCGCAGUGCAUCACCACGUUGUGCCGGACUGUAAACCAUGCCCCAUACUGCCCGUCCUCUUUUAAGAUCAUGAAGAACCUGUUGGGCACUCAGUUAGGGUACCAUUCCAUGAAGAUGAUGUGUUGCAUCCUUAAUGAUCGCGCUCUUUACGAUGACGCGCACCUCUUACGUGGGGCCGUGUUCCACCUGAACAUGAACAUCUUCGGAUCGAACAUUAUUUUUCAGGUUUCUCCAAUGACCUAUGCAACGAAUGUGCUGACGGCCUUCCUGCGGGCACUGGACAGUCGUCAGGUGAUCGUAACCUUCGAGGUGAUCCUCAGCGUUCGCAUGGUGAUCAACAAGCGGCAGCUAUCGGAGAUCAUUUGGGAUCGGAUCUGCGACAUUAUGUCCUCAAUAGUUAGCAACAUCGAGUACUACGAGGCCACCAACAUAAAUAAGGAUCGCCUGCACCACCUGCAGAUCAAUUUCCACGAGAACAUCGACUGCAUCGAGAAGCUGUUGCAGCAGGACCGUUCCCUGAUUCUGGGCAAUGUGGAGCGCAUCUACGAUCUCAUUGAGCGAGUAGCAGAUCGACGGCCAGAGGCCUCCGUUCUCGCACUCAUCGAGUACCGAUCCCGCCGAGUUACGGCAACACGGCCUGAAUGGCUCCAGGUCCUGGCCCAGUUCGUUCGUCGCUAUUACCGCAUGUCCAAUGUGAAUGUGCGCAUCAAAACGAUCGAGGCUCUGGUGCGGAUUAUGGACCAGAACCGAGCCUGCUACGAGGAAGAGAUCCUAAGUAGGGUGGUGCUCGUGCACCUGUCGCACAUCCACCAGGAGCCAAGUGUACAGGUGCGAGUGGCAGUUGCCCGCGCUCUUUCAAACUUUGCUACGCACUGCGAUACCAAGCGGUGCAUGGACUUGCUGGACAUCUUGGAGGCACUCAUCAAUCGUCCCUUUGAGCACACGCGUCAUGGAUCAUCGGCUGGAGACGCUUCCCUGACGGAUGUGGCCGUGGGCAUGGUAAACAGCGAAUCUGACAUCGCCGACAUUACCGCUGCCGUUGAUGGUUUGGUCAAGGUGUUCGCAAUCAAGUUGCACCGCCUCCCAGCGGUCCAUGCUCUUAAAAUAUUUAAUAUUCUUAUGGAUCACCUGGAAUUGCACUACGACCGACCCAAGAUCUUCGAGCACACCAGCGUAGUGCGCCAUAAAAUAUUUACCUGGUUGUUAAAGGCCCGGGCCAAUGGCUCCUACCACAUUGGCUAUCCGGAGGGCAGCAACGAGGUGGUAAAGUUCAGUCACUACCUGGGCAUUGAUUCACCUCUGCUGGCACAAGCUCACACCACAUCGAUAUCCAUUCGAAGGGUCUGCAAGCUAAUCGUGAGGUGUCUGGAGUACGACACUGACUAUCAGGUGUUCCAGCUGGUCAUCAAGGAGCUGCCCAAGGUGCUGCAAAACAAGGCGCUCGUCCAGGGCAACGACAUCGAGGAGUUGGCCAACUCGCUCCUCAAGAUCAACUCGGUUAGCACCAAUAAGUUUAAGCGGCCCACCGACGAGAUCCACGCCCUCGUGUUGCCCGCCAUAGCUUCCCUAGUUAUCUACCAUGAAACCCUGCAGCCGCAGCAGCACUACGGCAUUAUAACUGCUUUGAAUUCGAGAGUUCUGACUGGCAUUGCCAGCGUCUGCAUCAACACCAUGACCAUUCUGAUAUUAGAGAUGCCAGAGGCGCUGAUGCGAAAGCUGCCGGACGUGCUGCUUCAAAUGAGCAAGAUGUCGGAUACAAAUGCACUGGCCACUCCGGUUCUGGAAUUUUUGUCCUUGUUGAUCCAUCUGUCCAAGCAUCUUUUCGCGAACUUUACGUCCAUGCACAACAUGUACGUGUUUGCCAUCACGCUGCCGUAUACAAAACCUCAUCGCUACGACCACUACACUGUUUCUCUUGCCCAUCAUGUCAUAGCCGGGUGGUUCCUCAAGUGUAAGCUGGAGCUGCGCAAAAACUGUGUGAGCUACAUCAAGAGCUCGAUCCAGUCGAAUGCCAAGAUGCUGUCAAGCGACAUUGUGAACCUAAACUCGCUGAACGAGGACUCAUCCAACCGUAAGCGCAGCACAAGUCUCACGGAGCGUGGUAGUCGAAAUAAUGCCAAUGCCUGGAACGAUCUGGAGAUGCGGCCGCAGAUGAACAACGUACUUCGCAACUUCCACGCCGAGUUGGCUGAGACCUGCUUUGACUUCCUGGCCCGCCACACCUAUUCGCCAUGUCCGUCGAUGCCUAAGCGUCUUCCUGCCGCGGAGUUUCUACUGAAGGAUGGCGUUUCGCAGACCUGGCUUGUGGGACACAACCUGGUUACCAUCACCACCUCAGGCUGUCCGUCGGCGCCCACGCGCAGUGGUCUCUGCGAGCGAUGUGCUCAGCUUGGCAAGGCUCCCAGCAUCAGCUUGAACUCGAAGAGCCUCAGCGAUGCAGCUCCUCCACUUUCGCCCGAGCGGGAGAGGCGCUACACCAAGGUGAGCCUGCAGCACAGCAGCGGCAAUGAGUCGGCGGGCAGCACGGAGCUCACCUCAUCCUCGUCCUCCAACUCGGCGACCGCGGCAGGCCAUCCGCACCGACAGAUCUCCAACAGUUCCACCGCUUCGCUGGACGCGCUGUCCCGUCGAGGUUCUAACCCCGAGGCCCUGGGCGGCGGUUUGGGCGAUGGACCACACACGGGAAGCAACACCUCGCUCCUGGGCAAUUCAUUGUCCCAGUCCUCCGUGAGCAUGAGUCCUUCGUCGGCAUCAGUGGUGCAGCAACCCGUCUGCGUGCGCGCCUGCACUGGCUGGGCGGAGGUCCUGAUUCGUAGGCCCACGGGUAACAUAUCGUGGAUAACCCGCAUUCAGAACCCCAUCACCAAUGAUUGCUUUGGCCAGGAUCUGCCAUUCAACAAUGUGGUUUCGCUAUUUCUGCCCACUGCCCAUGGUGGAGUUUUUGGGCCGGACAACACCAUUCAGGUCCCGCCACAUCCGUUGGCGGAUCCCGAGCCCGAACUGGAGGUUAAUCCAAGCGCUGCUCCACAGGCAAGUGCACUGCGCAGUCGGAUGGUGGCUAAGGCUCGUGCCCUGCAGCGUCAGGAGGAGAUUCACUCGGUCGGUGGAGGAAAUGGAAACGGGAAUGGUAACGGAAUUUCUUCGAGCAGCGGAGCAGCAGCUGCCAUCCCCAUACCUCGGGUCUCAGCAGCCGGAAAGCGAGGCAAAGAGGCAGCUCUCUGCGGAAGCGUGAGUGAUGGCGAAGCAGACGACGAUUCGCUGGCAUUUGAGGAUGCCCAGAGUCGCGCACGAAACCCAGUCCGCCGGGUAAACUCCAGCCCGGAGAUGAGCUCCAGCUGGCGGCAGUCGUUUUUGGCCAACAAGCCGACGCCGCUGUCACAGGAGCCCCUGAAAGCCAUCAGCGAUGAACCCCAAUCGCAGUUGACACUUAAGAAGAAGAGUGUCCAGUACAGCACCAAGGACAUGCGCGUGAGCUGCGAGGCCAUUCCGGAGGAGAUAGCCGGCUCCACGCCGCCCUCGCAAGCUGCCGCUCUAGCCCUGCAGCCGGAAAGUGGCACCCUGCCGCCAAAGCAGCACUCGGCAGACGAUGUGAGCAGCCAUGUAGCUGGGAGCAGCACCUUGCAAUCCACCCUGAAGCUGGGCAAACCACCGCUAUCGCCUGGGCAGCCGCCGUUGCUGGCCACGGGAAGGAUAACCAGUUUUGGAACCUCUGUACCGCAGCCCGGGGCGCUGGCCAAGUCCAGUAGCAGUGGUAGCAAUGGUGCCAAUGUUGGAGCGAUCACCUCCGAUUACGACAAUGGCAACAAUGGAAACGGAGACAUGAUGCGAGGUCGUUCGAAAACCAUUUCCGUGGUCCGGGAGGUGAACAACGGAAACACACGUCCACCGCCGGCGAGCAGUUUCCGGAACUUUGGGCCCGCCAAGCCACCCAUCAACGCCAAGCUGUGCAUGAACCCGAGCUUUAUUUUUCUGCAGCUGUACAACACUGGUCAGCUGGGCGUAACGGAUGAGCCCUUAAAGGUGGGACCCGAAAACAAUAGCGCCGUUACCUUAAUAGAUCUGGUACCACCAUUCGAGACACACAAGAUCGGCGUGCUGUACGUGGGCCAAGGUCAGUGCAACAACGAGGUGGAGAUCCUACGCAAUUCACAUGGCAGUGCCCGAUAUGUGGAGUUCCUGCGCAACAUCGGCACUCUGGUUAGCCUAAAGGAGGCCGAGCAAAACAAUCUAUUUAUCAUGCUGGACAGGAAUGGGGCGGAUGGCAAGUUUGCCUACAUCUGGAAGGAUGACAUACUGCAGGUCACGUUCCAUGUGGCUACGCUCAUGCCCACCAAUCUGCAGGACGACCCCAACUGCAACGAGAAGAAGAGCCACAUUGGCAACGACUUUGUGAAGAUCAUCUACAAUGAAAGCGGCGAGGAGUACAAUCUAAACACUAUAUCCGGCCAGUUCAACUACGCCUGCGUGAUCGUGGAGCCACUCGAGCUAAACUCGAACAGAGUGUAUGUGAAGGCCCGAUCCGAGAUAUCGAAAUUCGUGUGCCAUGCUGAGCACCGGAUAGUCUCCGAUCGCAGUGCUCCUCUGCUGGCUCGACAGAUGGCCCUGCACGCCAAUCUCGCCUCGCUAGUCUACCAAAGUGUGCAGAAAAAGCAUCCGUAUGCAUCGAAUUGGCUAGAACGAUUACGCAAACUGAAGCGCCUGCGAUCAAAGCUCAUUGAGGGACUGAACAGCCAGCAAAAAUCCGGAAGCGCCUCGAGCGGCAUCGGAAUCAACGCCUCGGCCAUUGGCUCGGAUAUGGACGCCCAACGAGGAGACUUUAUGAAAUACACUUAGACAACAACGAGAGGCUCCAAACUGAAGAACAAUGAGGGAGCAGAGGACCCUAAGACUCAUCCUGCCAUGAUUCCUCUUGAUUUCCAAUUUUUUUGCAAAGCGGAUGAUUUGAUAACAAGUCACAGCAGACCAACAACAAAAGUCUUUGCUUAACCAAUAAUCAUGAAAAUAAUUAUAAUAUAAUCAUAAUGAAUUUGACAAGUUUAUAAAAUUUGUGAGAAUACAUAAGCGCUGUUCAUUUCGAAA